AACCAUGUCGUCUCCAGAGAUGUGCUGGCCGGUGCCGAUGCGAGCCAUCGGGGCCCAGAACCUUCUCACCAUGCCUGGAGGAGUUACCACAGCAGGAUACCUCCACAAGAAGGGAGGCAGCCAGUUUAGCCUCAUGAAAUGGCCACUGAGGUACACUAUCAUCCAUAAGGGUUGUGUGUACUACUUUAAGAGUAGUACCUCACCUGCACCACAGGGGGCGUUCUCUCUUAACGGCUACAACAGAGUGAUGAGAGCAGCAGAGGAGACAACGUCCAACAAUGUUUUCCCCUUUAAGAUCAUCCACUUUAGUAAGAAACACAGGACGUGGUUGUUUUCUGCAGCCAGCGAGGACGAGAGGAGGAAAUGGAUGCGAUACCUGCGGAGGGAGAUAGAUCACUAUAACGACAGAAAGGAGUCACACAUUCCAAGUGAUUCAGACUCAGAUACCGACAGUUUCUAUGGCACAAUUGAGAAGCCCAUGGAUAUUAAACACCCUGUCGAUAGAGCAGAAGAUGAUUAUGUUGAGGAGGAUGAUGAGGAGGAGGAGGAAGACUACGUGAAACCAGACAGUGACUGUGCGUCUACAGGUAGCGGUCGACCCACGGGGCCACCACCCUCCUAUCCUCCACCUCCGGUGCCAGUUGCGUUCCAGCUCCGUCAAGACUCCUGUCCAAGUUUCCCCAAAAGCCUGCCUCCCAUCCCAUCGCACAGCAGAAUGCCAACCAACCCACUCCCCAAAAAACCUCUACCCUCUGCCCCUCUUCCCUCCAUAUUGAAAGACACUAGCAAAGGCCCAGCUCCUCCUCUCCCAUAUGCCCCCCAUCUGCAGAAGACAACAGCUCUCAGCCCUCCUACUCCUCCUCCCCCCAACGCAAAGAAAAGCCCUCCGAACAGGGCGACAUCUGUGGCAGGGUACGGAAACGACAAAAAAGAAUGGAGGCCUCCACCGGCCUUAUCGGUCCAAUCCCCUGCCACUCUGGCUCUCUGUGACCAACUGGAGUCCAUGUUGGUGAUGAAUGGUCCUGCCCACAGCCCCAUUAAUGCUGGAGGCAGACAGUUGUUGGGCAACCACCGCAGCAAGCCAAUUCCCUCUCCUGCGAGCAUCAAACCUAUGAUGUCAGACUCCUUGCCCAUCAAUCUGACGCCCUCCGGUCUCCCACCAAUGCCUAGCCACCCUCCAGUCUCUCCUAUACUUAAAAGUGGACUAAUAAAUAAGCCCAAAAUUCCUCCACCAGUAUGCAAACCCCCAUUGCCUUCAGCCAAGCCCAAGCCGCCAUCGACUCCAAUCCAAAGAGCAUCUCCAGAUGGCCAGAGUUUUCGCUCAUUUACUGACGAGACGCCCGGAGAGUUUAAGAGGAAAACGUCCAAACAAGGCGGAGGAGAAGAUUCCGAUGACGAUUAUGAGAAUGUGCAGCUUCCAGAUUCUGUGUUCAUUGACACGACUGAAACCAGCACUGUAGAAAGGAUAUUCAGAGAGACCUUCGUCCGCCCAAAUGAUGGACUUUACGGCAUCCGAAACUCAGGAACCAAAACCUCCAAGGUGCUGGUGGUGUGGGACGCCAGUUUGAGCAAAGCCAGAAACUACCGCCUGUUUGAAGAGGACGGCAACAUAUUUCUGGAAAGCGAACUGACGUUCCCCAGUCUGCCGACUCUGAUCGAACACUACUACUCCCAUCCUCUCCCUCACCACGGCUCGCUUUGCCUGCAGGUCCCCUACACAAAGUCGAUGGGCACCUGAUCGACAAGGUAGACUAAAAAACACAACAACUCAGAAACUGAAACUAGCCGACACCGAAGCAGGAGAAAGGAGAAUGAACUCACUCACUCACUCACUCAAGAUGAAUAACUGUCAGAAUAUAAUAAACCACAUCAUACCUCUCACUGUUCACAUGUGGUAAAGCUGCAGCGAGGACAACAACGUUUCUAACAUUUAAAGGACAUCAACCUCGAUAACAAACACAUUAACUUAAAACAAACUAAACUUUCAUUUCCUUUCCUCUGCACUGAAAAUAUCAGUACUGUAAAUACAUCAAAUCAAUUAUUAUCAAUGAAAGAUAUUAGAUAUGAUAAAUAACCUCCAAUGCAAAACUGAUGUGACAUCUGCUCUGUGUUCUUGUAACAUUCCUGCUGUAACAUUCCUGCUGCCUUAUGCACACUUCAUCAAUAAUCAGGGUUAAGACCAAUCCACUCUAAUAGAUGUAAGGUGUUUUGUCCACAGAGGGGCGCUGUAAGACCACAUGACAAAUCCAAAUCCACAACCAGCCUAAUUGUCAAGGUUACAGGAUCCUGGGAAUUUGCCCACAGCAUGUGUUCAACUGUCCAAAAAGACACAUCUGCAAUAUUUGCUAGAAAUCACCCUAAAAAAACUGAUAGGUGAA